UCCGAAUCGUCUUCUUUAUCGUCGUCAUCGAGACCACGUUCUUCCAUGGCAUCUGCCUUUCCCUUCCUCCUCCUUCCCAAUGUCCCCAGUCCCAAAAUGCCCCCGCCAUCCUCUCUCCAAUUCCCCAAACCCCGCCCCCUCUCCCUCCCCUUCCGCUGCUUUGCCGCCGCCGCGCCCGCCUUCGACCUCCGCGGCUACUGGAUGUCCUUGAUCUCCGAGAUCGAGGCAGAUCUCGACUCCGCCGUCCCGAUCCGCUACCCGGAGAGCGUCCACAAGGCCAUGCGCCACUCGGUCCUCUCCGGCGGCGGAAAGCGCGCGCCGCCUAUCAUGUGCAUCGCCGCCUGCGAGCUCGUCGGCGGCCACCGCUCUGCUGCUUUCCCCGCUGCCUGCGCCCUCGAGAUGAUCCACGCCGCUUCGCUCGUCCACGAUGACCUACCCUGCAUGGACGCCGCCCCGCUCCGCCGCGGCCGCCCCUCCACCCACGCCCUCUUCGGGGUCGACAUGGCCGUCCUCGCCGGCGACGCCCUCUUCCCCCUCGCCUACCAGCACAUCGUCGCCCGUACCCCGUCGCCCGACCUAGUGUCCCAUGUUGCCGUCCUCCGCGUCCUUGCCGAGAUCGCCCGCGCCGUCGGGUCCACCGGCAUGGCCGCCGGCCAGUUCCUCGACCUAUCCUGCGCCUCCUGCGGAGGCGAGGAGGAGGUCGUCAUCGUCCUGGAGAAGAAAUUCGGCGAGAUGGCCGAGUGCUCCGCGGUGUGCGGGGGGCUGCUGGGCAGCGCUAGUGAUGAGGAACUGGAGGCGCUGAGGCGGUACGGCCGGACGAUGGGGGUGCUGUACCAACUGGUGGACGACGUGCUGAUGGAGUCGAACGGAGGGGCGGGGAAGAUGAGGAGCAAUGCGAGCGUGGUCACGGCACUGGGGAUGGAGAGGGCAUUGAAGAUGGUGGAGGAGUUCAAGACGAAGGCCAAGCAGGAGCUGGAGAGGUUUGGGGACAAGUACGGGGACAAGGUGCAGCCUUUGUCUAGUUUUGUAGAUUAUGCUGUGGAGAGGGGUUUCUUGGUCGAUAGCAGUGCCAAUGUGGCUGUGAACAGCAAAGCUUCUUGCUAGGAUGCUGAAUUCAGCCCAAUUGUAGUGGAACAAAAGCUCAUUCAGUUGAUCGAUGGCGGAGUUAGAGCGUUGCCGCCUGUUUCUUGGCGUCUAUCAGUUGUGAACCUUCUCUAGUUGCAUGGAAAAGACACUAUUAACGGUGGGCAUUUGUCAUAAUGCUUCAAUAGGUCUUAACACAAGUCAUUAUGUUCUGAGUCUGUAUGAUGGAAUUACUGAUAAACCUGAUUCAUGCAUUGUUUUUUUGGUCACAACUGUGGUGCUGUAGAUUGAUGUACACAGUAUAUGUUGAUCUUUUGUUCUUUGUUGAUGUUAGAAUCAGAGCUGUCAGUAGAACUAAGAAGGUUUUGUUGAUCUCUGUCAAAGUCUGCUUCAAUCCAAAGGUGUGAUUUGUGUUG